CAGUAAGAGGUUUUGGAAUAGACUACCUACUCUGGGAGCCAUCUCACUCGCCUCAGGCAGAAGGCAAGAGGGAAACCACUGCCCCAUUUUUCCCUAAAAAGUGACAUGGAGAGGAAUGCUACACCGACAAGAGCGUGGCUCUUAAAUUAGUGAUGAUUUUUUUUUAAAUUACCUUAGUUUUUAUUUCAACUUAAGCAAAAACUGUGACUUUAAGUUUUAUUUAGCUAUUGAAGCACUUUAUACGAAAAAAAUAUUGAGCGGAAGUAGGCUGUUUGGUUUGAGUUCCAUAGGUAUAAUUUAUAUAGCAGGCAGAAAAAUGUUUUGACGUUGACAAUCAAUUGACAAUUCUGAUUGUUGUUGUUUCGUUUUUCGCGUUAUAUUUUCAGAUAAAUGAUAAAAUGCAUUAAUUUCUGCGAUAAGUCUAGUAAAUAUAGAAACUUUAAGUAUUAAUGUUCAAUCGGUGAGCGAAUACACGUGAAAUGAGUAAUAUUUAUAUUCAGGAACCUCCUGCUUUAGGAAAGGUUCUCCUAAAGACGACUGCAGGUGAAAUCGACAUAGAAUUAUGGACAAAAGAAGCGCCAAAGGCAUGUCGCAAUUUCAUACAGCUUUGUAUGGAAGGGUAUUACAAUGGCACAAUAUUCCACCGAGUGGUACCGGAUUUCAUUGUACAAGGUGGAGAUCCCAAUGGGGAUGGUACUGGUGGAGAGUCCAUCUAUGGGGCACCUUUCAAAGAUGAGUUCCAUUCUCGACUCCGCUUCAACCGGCGCGGGCUGGUGGCCAUGGCCAACGCGGGGAAGGAUGACAACGGAUCACAAUUCUUCUUCACCCUCGGGGCAACGCCAGAACUGCAGAAUAAACAUACUAUAUUUGGAAAAGUGACAGGUGAAACUAUCUACAACGUUCUCAAGCUGUCCGAAGGCUUGAUUGGCCCGGAUGACAGACCGGAGCACCCUCACAAGAUCAAGAGUACUACUGUGCUCAUCAACCCGUUUGAGGACAUCGUCCCGAGGGUCAGUGAGGUCAAGACUCAGGACGAGCCCAAGAAGAAGAGGAAGGAAGUUAAGGCUGUCAAGAACUUCGGCCUCCUCUCAUUCGGCGAGGAGGCGGAGGAGGAUGAGGGCGAAGCGCUAGAGUACCGCGGGAAGCCCAAGUCCACCCACGACCUGCUCGAGGACCCCAAGCUGAGCAAGAAGACUGCUGCAGAACUAGAAGAAGAAGAAAAGACACAGAUAGCAGAAGAGUCGACGGAAGAUAUGGCGAAGAGAAAAGAGGAGACAGCUACAGCUGUGAGCAGCAUAAGAGAUAAACUGUCCAAGAAAAGAGAUCGGAGUAUAGAGAGGGAUAAAAGAGAAAGCAGUGAAGAGAUGGACAGUAAGAGAAGAAAAAGUGAGAGUGAAGAAGAAGAGUAUUAUAUAGGGAAGGAAAGAGAUAUGGAAAGACAGAAGGAAAGAGACCGAAUAAGAAACGAAAUAAAACAACUAAAAAAAGAAAUGAAAGGCAAAGAGCAGAAGCAAGAGAACAAAGAAGAAGAGAAGAAAGAGACAAAAAACAUUGAAGAAGACAACGAAAUGUACAAACAAUACGUGGAAGAACAGGAGAAAUAUAAAAAGAUGAAAGAAAAGAUACCCAAGAAAGGAGCAGCAAGAAGCAAAAGGACAAAGAAGAGGCCAGUGAAGAAGAGACCUUGGGUGAAGAACUUGUAUGAGAAUCGGGACUACCCGGACAACUACACAGAUUCGAAAUUCCUUGAGGAAUUAAAGAAAAACUUGUACGUGGAAAAAGUGACGUUGAACGAAGCAAUUCUAGGCUCUUUUCGGGUCGUUCUGAGGGUUUGCAUUUGCGUGUUGUACGCAGUUUUAUAUGUCUAUAUGUACAACGAUUGGAUACAAACAUACAUGGUCAUUUAUAUGUCUAUAUUUGUUACUAGUCUGUGCUAUUUGUUAUACAUUUGCAUUGAAGGCUCUCCGGUACCUAGGCACUUUAAAACUGUAUUAGUUUAUAUAGUUAUUGGUUAUUUACUGUCACCUAUUUUACACACAUUAACAGACACAGUAAGUACAGAUACUAUAUACGCUUGGGCGGUGAUGAUGUUGUUAAUACAUUUAAUAUUUUUCGAUUACGAUGUCCCUGUAGCUAUAGUAUCAAAAUCAUUGUCUAUAAACGCGGCGAUAUUUGCAUCUGUCUGUUUAGUAUCAAGACUGUCUACUCCGUUCGAUGCGUUUAUAUUGUUAACCGUGUCCGUAUUGUUUUUCGUAUUGAGCCCACAAUUGUUUAAAGUGUUUUUGCAUACGAAAUUGUUUAUAUUUCUGUUCUUUUCCACUUUAUUAUUCACUGUUUUGAGUCUAUAUUCGGUGUCGAAAGUGCUGUUGUGUUAUUUUGUAAUAUUAGUGCUGGUUCUAAGCGGAUACUGUCCGCUAAUGUUUGUGAAAUGGCAGAAAUAUAAAGAUAACAAAUACGGGCCGUGGGACGAAGCUAUAAUUAAUGAUUCAGAUGACUUAGAGGAAUGUUUGUCUAACGAAAUUAGCUGAGAGGACGACCUCUGUGGUCCAGUGGUUCAGCGCUAGACUCACGAUCCGGAGGUCCUACUAUUACUUGUGUGUUGUUGUUGGUUAUACUUCUAUUUUGUUGUGCCCGAAAGGGUCUAUCAUGUGAAACUCAUAUGUAACUUAUAAACUUGUACA